AUGCAGGCAAUGCAGCCAAUGAAGGAUAUACCGCCGAGAAUAUUUGAGAUAUGGGAUGCACCGGUAGAUAUUGAAACUUGCGGAAACCUGAUUACUCACCACAAAUUGCAAUGCUCCACUUGCGACGAAAAGUUUGAAACCGAAGUUCAAUUCGCUAUUCAUAUUGACAAAUGUCUUCAGAACGCUGAGCGUGAUACUCAUUACCAAAUCCAUAUGCAUGCAAAUCGCUUGCUCAUGUUCCAACAUCGUGUUGCUCUUUUCUGUGGGGCAUCCCACCAAGACCGAUUCUUGCAGUGUGGCUUAUGCAAAGAAAACUUUGAGAACAAGGAGACCAUCAGAAAACAUAUCAGAAUUUGUGCACGUGAUAAUGCCAGCUACGGAGCAUUCAUUCGCAAGACUAGACCACUAUUCAGCAACAUGCUUUCAUCCUACGAGCAAUUGGGGCUGCUCUUCCAAAGAUAUGUGAUGGACGACCAUAUUGUUGAUAUAAGAAACCGAAGACGAUCCGUCAGAUUAGCUAAGGCCGAUAGCAGUCCCGUCGGCAGACAUCUUUUCUUUGAUGAAAUCUCCGAACAUUUCAUCGAACAAUAUCGAGACUACGUAUUCGCAAUAUGCGGUCUUAUUGACGACGCAUUCAUUCGUUAUUUGAAGAAAAAAGAAUCGGAAUCGGAGGCGGCUGAUGUUAUAUACUCUCUUCCGAAAAAACGAAAAAGAAGAGCUGACGGAGAAAGCGUGGAUAGCGAUUCGGAAGAAGAUGAAGACGAUGAUUCGGAGGAAGAAAUCGAACAGCCGUCCACUAGCUCUGGAAGAGGACGAAAACGUACUACUCGCCGUUAA